AAUACUUAAAUACCGCGUUGGUGACUAUGAAAGAUUUGGAAGACUUUGCAGCUAUCCAUUUGAAAUCUCACGCCUUAGUCAAAAGUAGCAGAACCAAAUGGAACGUGCCCGUAACGGACUUUGCCCGGCUCACUCAUAAUCCGAUCCGUGCUAUUGUUGAGGGACUCAAGAUAGUACCGAAUCCGGACAAGCAAUUGAUUGCCCUUUCAAUUGGUGAUCCCACGACAUUUGGCAAUCUCAAACCGGCCCCGGAAAUAAUUGACGCCGUCCGCCGAGUGAUCGAAGACGGUUCUAGCAACGGAUACGGUCCCAGUACUGGUUUCCCGGAAGCCCGUCAAGCAGUUGCCGAGUACGUAGCCCAUCAAGGUACGGUCACAGCCAACGAUGUCAUCCUUUGCAGUGGCUGCAGUUGCUCCUUGGAUCUCUGCAUUUCGGUCCUAGCGGGACCCGGUCAGAAUAUCCUGAUUCCAAAACCCGGAUUCUCUAUCUACCGCACGCUAGCUGAAGGAUUUGGCGUCGAGUGUCGUUACUAUGACCUACUGCCUGACAAGAAUUGGGAAGUAGAUCUUCUGCAACUAGAAUCGUUAAUUGAUGGAAAUACGGCCGCUUUAAUUGUGACAAAUCCGAGUAACCCGUGUGGAAGUGUGUUUAGCAAGAGUCACUUGAAGGCAAUUUUGGAUAUUGCCGAGAAACAUUACCUACCAAUCAUUGCGGACGAAAUCUAUGAACACUUCGUAUUCCCGGGUCACGAGUUCCACUCGGUCAGCUCGUUAUCCGAGAAAGUACCCGUGCUGUCGUGCGGUGGACUGACGAAACGAUUCCUCGUUCCUGGUUGGCGCAUGGGCUGGAUUGUGAUACAUGAUAGAGAUAAUGUCUUCCGCGAAGUGCGUAAAGGAUUGGCGAAUCUCUCGGCUCGCAUUUUGGGAGCCAACACAAUGGUUCAAGGUGCGCUUCCCGAUAUUUUGAACAACACACCAUCCGCAUUCUACGAUGAUUUGGUUUCAACUCUAUAUCGACAUGCUGAGAUGGCUUAUAAAGCGAUCAAGCCGAUUCGAGGACUGCGUCCCAUAAUGCCGGGUGGAGCAAUGUACAUGAUGAUCGGCAUUGAAAUCGACCGUUUUCCGGAAUUCGAAACGGAUCUCGAAUUUGUCCAAGCAUUGGUAGCCGAGCAAAGCGUGUUUUGCCUACCCGGCCAGUGCUUCGAGUAUCCCAAUUUUAUACGUAUUGUAUUGACCGUACCGGAAAACAUGAUCGCUGAAGCUUGCAAGCGUCUGGAUGAGUUUUGUGAGAAGCAUUACAAACUAGAUAAUAACAUCAUCGAGGCGUGUCAAAAUGGACUAUUAGUUCAAAUGAAUAAAUAUUAA